AUGUCUAACACCGAAGAUAAGGAUGAUGUGGAUGCCGCCCUGGAAGAAUUGGGACCUCUGGGUCGCUAUACGCUAAUUCAAUACACAUUGCAGUCUGUGCUCGCGUUGUGCAUUACUCAACAAAUGUUGAGUGUGAUGUUCACUGGACAGACCAACCACUUCCGUUGCCCGAUCACCGGAAACAUAUCAACCAGCAACUCCAGUUUAAACUCCAGUGAAUUUAUUAAUAUCUCUUCCUUGCAUAAGUUCGGAGACUCCUGUGUCGCUAAAACAUCUCACAACACAUCGGGCUCUGGAGCUUGCAGUGCCCUCGAAGUUGAGUAUCAGCUCCCAAAGGACAGAUCUUUUUACUCCGACUUUGACCUUGUCUGUGACCGAGAAGUUCUGGGCAGACUGUCGCAGUCACUGCUUGUGAUAGGAAACUCCAUAGCCACCUUCACCUUCCCUUACUUUGUCGACCAUCACGGCCGGAAACCUGUGGUUCUGUUUUGUUCUGUUAUGAGUUUGUUAUCAUCCAUUGGCCUGGCUACUUCUGUCAACUAUCCCAUGCUUGCCGUGUUUAAGAUUUUAGUGGGUAUUUUCGUUCAAGGUCUGCAAGCUUCUAAUAUAACCAUGAAUAUGGAAAUCCUCGUCACCAGACACCGCGCCAGUAUGUUCGCCUGUCUGGGAAGUGUGAUAGGGUCUUUGGCGUCCAUUACUUUGAGUCCUAUGGCUUAUUUGUUCAGAUCUUCUUCUUGGAAAAGUCUAGAACUAGGUCUUUUAGCAUUUUAUAUACCUAUUCUAUUGAUGCCUUUUUUUCUUGAUGAGAGUCUGAGAUGGCUCUCUGCAAACGGCAGAAAAGCUGAAGUUGUCAAAAUUUUAAAACGCGCCUCAAAACAGAACGGUAAGAGCUUUGAACGUGUGAUAAAGGCAUUUACUCGGGGUAGGUACGAAAACAGUAACAUGCAUACUGGCAUCGAGAUAAAGCCCAUCGGGUCUUUCAUAGUUAAUCCCCCAAACGAUGAAUCAGGACAAUCUGUGAAGGAAACUGGAAGCAAAGACACAAAGCAAAAGUCAACCACUAAUGUCGUAGACACAGAGCAGCAGGCUGGGACAGAGAUAGACAAAGAAGAAAAACUCAGCUUCUGGCAGCUCUUCACCGACCCCAUGCUUAGAGUUCAUGUCAUAUUCGCUAUAGUUUCCUGGUUUUUCAACAGCCUUACAUUCUUUUCUUUGACUCUAAUGGCCUCAACCCUUCAUGGUAGUCUAUAUCUCAACUUUGUUAUAAAUACUUUAGUGGAAAUCCCCCAGGCGUUUUUCUUAUAUCUCUUUUUAGACAAACUAGGACGGCGAUUAUGUUUCAGUUUAUUCAGUCUUCUCACAGGAGCUUCGCUUAUUUCUAUGGCAAUGCUUCGAUACCUGGCCCCAGAACAAUCUAUAGCCAUAAUGGUCCUGAGUCUGAUUGGAAAACUGUCGGUGACAGGGUCCUACAACAUCAUCUACACGUACACUCCUGAGCUGUUCCCCACCAACCUCCGGAACAUGGGCUUUGGUGUGUCCUACCUGAGUGCUCGAGUGGGUGGGAUGCUAUCUCCCUUCUCGGAGAUGCUCAUGAAGGAAAUCGUGUACGCCCCAGGUGUCAUCUUCGGUGUGGGAAGCCUUCUUCUCAGCUUCAGUACCUACUUCCUCCCAGAGACGACCCAACACCAACUGCCGCAGACUCUUGCAGAGAUGAAAAGAUGGAAAGAAAAUAAGAAAGAUGAAAAGUCGUUUUAAAAAAGUUGAAUGGUGGAAAUAAAAUGAGAAAGGUGAAAAGUCGGUGAAGAAAAGUUGAAUGAUGGGUAGACGAUGGGAAAGAUGAAAAGUAGGUGAAGAAAAGUUGAAAGACAUUUGAGAAAUUGAAUGGUUAUUAGAAACAAAGGGUUGUCCUCAGUUAAAGAAGGUGAACAGGUGAUAGGGGCGUAGAUUUCAAAAACUGCAAAGUCCAUUCGAAGAAGGGGGUUAGACGGUGACAAGAUUAAAAAUAGACGACAUAUAAAAUCAACUGAGUGUACCAACAUCCACGUGUUUCACAGUUAAUUGUUCGAAAGAAACAGUGUGUUUUUUUUCUUAUUUUCUCAAAAUGGCUAAAUGACUUAGGUAUUUAUCUUAUGAGCGUGACAUUAUUGUUAUUAUGAACGACAAACUAUAUAGAGCUCUUUCAGCACAUUUGGAUUUCGUUCUGAUUCCUGUAGAAAGUUUUUGAAGGGCUCGAAUGAAGCGUUGUGCGUUUUUAUCAAACAUGGUGUGCUAAGCCUUCUUGAUAACAUUAUGUCAUCCUUUUUUAUUCGUACGCCAUUGUUUAUAUCUUUUAUCUUUACUUGAUGUGUAUUAUGGGGGUGGGGGAUAUAAAUACUACUACCGGUGUGAUGCUGUGGUAGUUUGUUCAUUUCCAACACAUGAUAAUUGUAUCAAUAUUUGAUUAAAACUCGCAACAACAAUCAUGUCUUCUUUUCAAAGAAAGUAUCAUAACUCACACCUCUGGAAUGUCUAAUAAUAUAAUUUUUUUAACCAGUUCGACAUCGGGAUUGUAGAAAUGAUCCAAAAUACCCAAGAUAUAAUCCAGUGACAUCUUCAGCCUUGAAUGAGUCGGGUACAGCAUCCCAGUAAAAAGUGUUCCAACACUGCAAUCGAACUCACUCUUUCUGUGUGCAGCGGCAAGGAGCCUAACGUUUGUACCACAGACGCCGGUCAUGAAGUGGGCUUCCUUAUAAUGUGUCUAUGUUUUGUCUAGCAGCUGGUGGGGGGGAUUUCUAAUUUUUCCCUUCUCUCUCUCUUUUCUUCCUGUCUGUCGAUAUACUUUAUCCUCAGCUUUUAAAGGCCGUUAUUGUGUGAAUGUGCUUCUGCUUAGAUACUAUAGAUAAACAGUUAGAACAGCUUUCAGUUCAAAUGUCGAAAUCAUAACAUAAUGACGAGAUGUAUCUGAAUUGGCUUUUUCAUGUUCUAUUGGAUUUGAUAUUGUCAAAGACAGGUUUUCUUUUCCCUUUGUAAGUUGAGAAAAUUGUGAGAACUACCUUUAGGUAUUAAUUUAUCUUAGGGUUGCUUUUAUGCUUCUAAGCUGUGCAUGAUCAAUCACUCCUGUCUUUACAGUAUGUAUUAACUCUAGAAGAAUGUAUGGAUUUUACUUCUUACAAAUGCUACGUUCACUUCCAAACGGCAGAAAAUUGUUAUUUAAAGUUCUUCUAAGCAAGA